GCAAAUAUGUUAUAUUGGUUUUAGGAGUAAUGUGGGUUCGAGUGAUAUUCUGAGAAUGGGUUGGAUUUGAUCGAGAGAGUGAAAAUAAAAGAAAUAUGCAGCAGACUUGCGAGAAUGCUACAGAGAUUGAAAUGGAACUUGAUGAUUUUGAGAGAAAACUAUUUCAAGUUCAAGAAUAUUCAGACUGCAACAUCCUCGAUAUUCAUUUGGGAGUAAGCGGAGAUAUUUACAUCAGUGGUUUGGGCUCUGCUAGUUCAAACUCGUUCAUCCUCAGACUCGACCCUUCCUCAGGAGUAAACCCCUUGGUCCCAAAAUGGCAAAGAACGAAUGGAGUCCAUAAAUGGUACACCACAGUUGACCCGCUCGAGCGAGCACUUUAUUCAGUUUACCAGCUAGAAACGACUAUUGAUCUGAGAGAGAUCAAUGCUACUGACGGAACUUCCAUUAGGAGAUAUACAUACACCCAAUCAUUACCAACGGUAGAUUUCUUAGGAAUGACAUGGGCACCAAAUACUGAUGGACCUUUAUAUUUAACAUCCAAUUCGAAUUAUGCUGAUUUUUGGGAGAAAGGUAUUGAUUCAGCCAAUACUCCUCUUUUCGAAUCAGCCACUACGGGGAAAGCAUUAGGGAAAAUUGCUUAUUAUUCAUCUACUAGCAUACUAAUGCAUCACCAAAUCGGAAACAAUUUGUACUUAUCAUCAAUUAAUCCAGUAUCCACGUCAGGGAACUGGGAUUAUCUUGAAGUGUACGCAUGUCCAAAUUCUCCAUGAAGCAGUAAUUUUGAAAAUUCUCAUAUUCUUGUGAAUUCCAAUUCAGCUUCUGAUGCUUUUGCUUGAAUGGAAUACUCUGAUCAAACUACAAAAUAUUUCAUAUUCGUAACAGUAAACAUGUCUACCAAAACGAUAGGUUCCAAUAGAUAUAUCACAACAAACAACACUAUAGAGAUAGUUAACAGUCUUCGAGUUUAUGAUGGAAACUUAUAUUUCCUGAUCUCAAAGAGGAACUCAUCAACAGGGCAAAUCAGAAAUGUAUUGCUUAUUCAUAAUGCAACAUCUUCUAAUCCUUUUGCAAGUCUUCAUACAUGUUUAUCAUCUAAAGAUGUAGAGACUGUCUGUCAAGGAGAGUACUUCACUACAGAUAGCAGUCAGGUAUAUUUAGCACAAAUGGUUAUAAACUCUGCUGGAAAUUUCAUAUUUAUGGGAAAGCACAGCAGUAAUAAAUGAGUUAGAAUAACGGCAAGUUUGAAAAACUUAGCAAACACUCUCGAUUGGGAAAAUGAAGCAACACCCAACACAUACUUCUCUAACUUCCCUAACCUCGGCACAUCACCAACUAUAAACUAUAACCCCGGAAGUGAAAGUACUAUAAAUCUUGUUGAAACUUGGGUAGUCGAGAAUGGAGGAGCCUAUGAUUCUGGAGUGUUUAAUGGUACAAUCCCCGAAACCCACUUGUUCAAAAUAAUUCCUUCAAAGACCAUUACUAUUAGCAAAGGAGAAACAACUAUAUUGCAAAGCCUUAUGUGUGAAGAACAGGAGAUUCAGUAAGUGCAUAGCGAGAGGAGGAAGGAUUGGCGAGGUGGAAAGAGCUUUGGUGACGAGGUGGUUGAGAGAGUCUUUUGCAGUAGAUGGUUUGUGAUAUGUUGUGGUUGUAGAAAAGUAUUGAUUUAUCCAUUUUAUAGCCUAUUAGGCUUUUCCUACCAUUAUUACCACAAUACACAUUUACCUCAAAAGAUACCCAUAUUGUAACCUCCGCACUCCUCACACAAAUUACCCAAACGCCCCAGUAAAUUUCUGACUACCUUCCUCUGUUCAAUCUCUCAUAAUUCCCACAACUACUCCAUUUCCUCAGCACCUAAACUAACAAACCUACAAACCCCUUUUGCAAAACUUCCUUCUUAGCCCAAUCUAUUCACAUAAAUCCUAGUU